AAAAUUUUUUAACGAUAAUGAGGACAUUAAGUUUACGUUAAGACUGAGGUAAUAAUUUUGUCAUUUAAUUUUAAACUUUCCAAAAGUCUUUCGAGUUAGUCGUACAACUACAAGCACUUGAAUUGGAUUGAUUACUUCCUCGUCUUGACCAAAAGUGAUUUUUACCAAAAAAAAAAAAAUUGUUAUUCCUUUCGAGAAAAAUUAUUUUAAUUCCAAAUAUACCAAAUAUUUUCUCCCAAAUUGCAAAAUAUAACGAAACUAAAAGUGAACGUUUAUACAAAUCGAGAGAAAAGAAAAUAAAUUUGAUUCAAAAAUAUAGAAAUUUUGUAAAAAAAAAUUCAAGUGUAAAAAGUGUGGAGUGUAAAAAAAAUUUUAAUAGCGAAAAAAUAAUUUUUAUUAAAAAAUAGUUUUAAAAAAAUAUAAUUUUUAUAAAAAAUAGUUUUAAAAAAAAAAUAAUUUUUAAAAGACAAAAAGGUAAAAAUGUCCGUUAACGAAGGAGUGAUAAGGGAAACGCAUGUCACAAAUUCAACUUCCGUUAUAUCGCAAAUAAACAAUAAUAUCGAUGAAACAAAUCAAAAGGAAAAAGCGGCAAUAUCCCUAAUGGAAUUGGGUCAUUCGAAUGUGAAUCAAAAUUUAUUACGUAAUUCCGUUGUACAUACAAUUCAUCCAUCCUCAUCGCCAAUAAGUGAUAAUAAUUCCGGUACAUCAAUGACAAGUUGGUCAACUGAAUAUCGAAAUUAUGGACAAAGUGAAAAAAUUGUUAAUUUCAAUGAGCAAAUUAUUAAUUCCUGGGAGAUGAAGACUGAUCAAAAUAUGAAUAUGGAUAAGGACGAUGCGAAAAUAAAAGGCGAACAUUCAUUUUCAACGGAGAAAUUAUACGAGAGUCAAGAUUCAGACGCACAGAAGAAACAAGGAAAGAGCAAAAGAUCCCGAACCGCCUACACAAGCGGACAAUUAAUUGAAUUGGAAAAAGAAUUUCAUCACGCCCGCUAUUUGCAUCGUGCAAGAAGAAUUGAAUUGGCCACAUCCUUGGGACUCUCCGAGCGUCAAAUAAAAAUUUGGUUUCAAAAUCGUCGUAUGAAAUAUAAAAAAGAACAAAUCAAUAAAUCCACCGGCCAAACAUUUAUUAAGGAUUCAUUCAUUGAAUCAUCAUCCUCAUCAUCGCCACAGCAAUUGAAUGUUAAAACAAUUCCCGACAUCUCAUCAAUGCGUCGCGAUUAUACAAGUUCAAGCAAUCAAUAUGGUUAUCCAUCUUCCUAUACAAUUGGAAAUUCCACUUUAAAAACAAAUUUAAUUGUUGAAAAUAAUUCUGACCAUUCGACGCAAAAUUUUAAGGACAAUGAACAUUAUUUGGAUUCAUCAACUGUCUAUCAGACAUCGCAGGCAAAUGAUUACUAUGAAAUUCCAAGUGUUAGGGAUAAUUAUUUUUCUCAACCACAAGUGUGGCAACAUCAUCCAGGUCAAUAUACAACCUCCUAUCAACAUCAACAAUAUCCCUAUCAGCAUUAUCAACUUUCUCAGGAUGUGGGAAAAUAUUGUUAUGAAUUGCAAAGUGAAAAUUGCAACGAUCUAACUGUUUUAUAAGGGGAAAUAAUUGUUUUAGUUUUAGUGAUUAGAUUAAAAUUAAAUUCAAACAAAAAUUGGAAAAAGUUAAAUAAAAAAAAAUUAAAUAAAAAAAGUUGAAUAAAAAAAAAUUAAA